AUGGGGCGACGUUCCAUGCGUGGCGACAGUGGGAAAGUUCAGAUCGCUGAUUCUGUUAGGCUGCAGAAAAUUUCCACAGAAUACAAAUUUGUGCUCGAUGAGGUGUGUCCAGAAAAACCUAGAGAUGAUGCUACGGAUGAUGAACAAAAGGCUUACCAAAAAUGGGUUAAGGCUGAUGAGAUGGUGUGGUGUUAUAUUCUGGCAUCCAUGUCAAACAUUCUGCAACAUCAGCAUCAGUCUAUGGAGUCUACUUAUGACAUUCUAGAAAAUCUCAAAGAAAUGUUUGGAGAUCAGAAUCGUGCGGCUAAGCAGACUGCCAUGAAAGCUCCUCUGAAUACCAAAAUGGUUGAAGGUUCAUCUGUUAGGGACCAUGUUCUGAAGAUGAUAAGUCUUCUGAAUGAACUGGAGGUCCUUGGAGCUAACAUUGAUAAGGAUAUGCAGGUUGAAAUGAUAUUGCAGACUCUGCCUGAUAGUGUUUAG